AUGCUAACGUUUCUUCUUGAAAUUACUUCCCUUGCUAGAGCUCUUCCUAUAAAGUCAGUUGCAAAGUUACAAAAAGUAAUCAAGUUAAAUAAUCAGCCGGUUAAUUUGAAAGUUAUAGAAGUUUUCUGCGGAAAGAUGAAUGGAAAUCAAGGCAAAUCCUUAAACUUGAUGGAUGAAUUGGCCAAUGCUGGAUUUGGCCCUUCCAAAGUUGAUUCUUCUUCUGAAGAUUUUACUACCAGCUUCUUGAAUAUAGAAAAUCCAGAUUAUACUCAGCUGAAGAGGAUAGAGAUCUUGGAGAAGCAGCUGGAAAAUGAACAGAAACUGACAACUCAAGCAGCUGAACUGGGGAUGCAGUUGUUACAAGAGAACAAUGAACUGAAAGACAAAGUAGAAAAUCUCUUCAGAAAUAUUGCAAAAGCUGAAGAAGAAAGAGAAAGUGAAAAACAUGCUCUCAAGUUAAGACUUGAUAACAAGGAUUACAUGGAACAGCAGUACAAUGAAGAAAUUUCCCACCUGAAAGGUGAAGUCUCAAAGAUCAAGCAAGAUCUUGAAACGGCUGAGAAAACAGAAACAACUUUGACACGACAGCUGAAGUCUAUGGAGUAUUCAGCUGAACAAUUUCAGUUAAGGGAGCAACAAUUGACCACAACAAUUGAGCACCUUGAACAACUGCUACAAGAAAAAGCUGACCAGGCACUUCACAAUGCCUCUGUCAAUUUCGGUCAAAUGGACAAGAGCAACACUGAGGAAAUCAUUGUAAUGCAACAGGAAAUCAUAGAACUGCAGAACAAUAAUACUUCACUAAAAUCUCAGUUGAUCAGUCAUGAAGCAAACAUGAAACGUUUACAAGAAGAAUUAACCCUUUGCCAGCAAAGUAAAGAGAAAAAAGAGCAAGAAAUUGAUGAAAUGAAAUCUGAAAUGAAUUCCUACCACAAAACAUUAGAGAUUGCCCGAACAGAGAUUCUGGAUCUAAAAGCCCAACUGCAUGCUGCCCAAAUUGAAAAUCACAGUCAUAAAGACAGAGGAAAUUCUUUGUUUUCAGAGGUCGAAGAUAGGCGUGUGUUAGCUGAAAAGACUGUUGCCACCCUCCAGCGCAACUAUCAAGCUUUGAAGGAGAGAUAUGAUGUUGAGAAACAGCAGCAUCACAAAUUGAAGAUGCAGGCAGUUUCUUUGCUACACAUGAAUUCUGGCAAAGUGAGUGAAGAUUAUGUUAAGCAACUCAAUUCAAUGUUACAACAAGCCAAGAAUGAAUUACAUGAGCUUCAAGAAAAAGUGAGAAAUUACCAGAAAAAUGAGGCACAACAAACAGAGAAAAUGGUGAAAAUUCAAGAGACUUUUGGCACCAAUGAAAAUCGUGAUUUUAUUGAAUUCUUAAAUUCUCUCAGUAACAUAAAACAAAAAGAACUGGAAGAAUUGAAAGUGAAGCUGAACGACAUGGAAAUGCAGUACUUACAAGAAACGAACAAAGUAGUUAACUAUAUCAAGAAAUUACGUCUAUCUGAAGAAGAAGCCCAAUCAUUGCGCUGUGCCAACAUGAAACUUAAACUGAAAGUGGAAGAACUUAUGAUGAAAUAUAAUCCAGAUGAAUUAACAGAAGAAAAAUCUUUGCAAAAAACUUGUGUGGAAAAAAUUCCUUUAGGUCCUGCAGAAAAUAUUGCCAAGUCAUUAAUGAAUCAAAAGCCAAGGCGCAGGACCCAGUCAAAGGUCCCUGUAGAAAACCAAGCACAAACAAGAGCACAACAGAUUGCUGCACUUGUCCGCUGUGGUGCCAUCAACCCUAUAGAUGUGUUGAAAGAAACACACAAAGCCAAGAAGACAGUUAGUUUGUCGUCUGAGGUUACCGUCAUUGACAAUGAUGGUAACGAAGAGAAGAAAGUGAAUUUGGUUGAUGAAAAUGUUCCUACAAAGCUAGAAAGGCGACGACCACCUCAGGGAAAAUUAGCACCACCUGAUAAAAUUAUUGAAGUAAAAUCUCCUGUCCAUGGGAGAAGAGCAGAUUGCAAACAACAAUAA